AUGGAUAAUAUCGAAAAACAGCCUCUAGGCGCGGCAGGGGUAUCCUUCCCUGCCGGCCUCGACGACUUCCGCGCCGCCAGGGAUCGGUGCGCUCACGCCUGUAGACGCUUCAACAGCAUGCCUGAAGAUGCUACACCAGAUGUUCGAACAAGCCUCUUUCUCGACAUCAUCCGACCGGCUCGGAACAGGAAAGAAGAUGGUGCUAUUACCCAUGACAUGACUUUCCGCGACCCAACCCUCAAGGCUCUUACUCCCUUUGUCAAGCCCCCAUUUUUCGUCGACUACGGGUUGCGGCUUCGGGUAGGAGGUUCGACCUUCAUUAACCGGGGCUGCUUCAUCAUGGACACGCCCGUAGCCGACGUUACGAUUGGUGAGAACUGCAAUAUUGGACCUCACUGUACGCUAGUAAGCGUCGGCCACCCAAUUCACCCAGAGGCUCGGGAAUCGCAGAGGAGCAGCAUUGGAAAGCCCAUCACCAUCGGCAAUGGCGUGUGGAUCGGAGCCAACGUUACCAUCUUAGGCGGCGUAACCAUUGGUGACGGAGCCGUCAUUGGCGCUGGUUCCGUAGUAACCAAAUCCGUCCCACCACUCCACCUCGCCAUCGGCGUUCCCGCCCGCUUCCGCCCCCUCGCCGAAGUCCCCCGCAAACUCGACGCCGGCUCAACCGUCGAUUCCCUCAAGGAGGCUCUUGCCUGCGGUCGCUCCUCCUCACCACUUAGCUCACAACAACAACAACCAUCCUUCACUACUACUACUACUGCCGGCAGCUACCACCACCACCACCAUCAACAACAAAACCGAUUAACCCAAAGCCAAGCCGAAGAACUCGACCGCCUCGCCAAACUGUGCGUCAACCCGGCCCUCAUGCGCGCCGCCACCAACGAAUCCCACUACCACUUUUCCAGCCACCAGUCCAUGCUUACCGAGCUCCGCUACACCGCCGGCGCACAGCAGCUGAAGCUCCGCAAGACGGAAACGAUUAGUCCGAGCGAUAUGCCUCGCGUGGACAUGACGCAGUUUGCGUGGCAGCAUCAUUCACAGUCACACUCGUCAUCAUCAUCAUCAUCAUCAUCACAACAGUGCAGUAGCAGCGGUGGCGGUUCAAAGGAAACUGGUGGUUCAUCAGUGGGUUCAUCAGUGCAUGGAGGAGGAGGACAUGGAGUGGGAAGGAGGAGGGUGUCGAGGAUCGUGAGGGCCGAGUUGACGGCCAUUGCGACGGUUACGGUGGUGGCGCUGCUGCUGAUUGUCGGUAUCUUCUUUGCGGGCGUGUUGUUGGGGGCCAAGAGGAUCACGAUUGUGGUGGAUGCGGUGCCGGAGGAGUUGAGGAAGUUUGGAGGAGUGGGAGGGGUGAAUUUGGUUAGGGGGCUGUAG